UGGUACCCUAGCUCUGGCCCGCCGGGGUCCCAGCCUGCCCGCAGUCCUGGCUUUGCGGUGCCCCCGCCAUCCCACAGCCAUGCAGGGCACCCGGGUGCUGCUGCUGCUGCUGCUGCUGGGCCCGAGGCCACGGCUGGCCCUUGGCAACAUCCCAGCUGAGGAGGAGGACCCAGCCUUCUGGAACCGCCAGGCAGCCCAGGCCCUGGACACCGCUAAGAAGCUGCAGCCCAUCCAGACGGCUGCUAAGAACCUCAUUCUCUUUUUGGGGGAUGGGAUGGGGGUGCCCACAGUGACGGCCACUCGGAUCCUCAAGGGGCAAAUUAAUGACAAUCUGGGACCUGAGACGCCUCUGGCCAUGGACCAAUUUCCAUACCUGGCUCUGUCCAAGACCUACAACGUGGACAGACAGGUGCCAGACAGCGCAGGCACAGCCACGGCCUACCUGUGCGGGGUCAAGGCCAACUACCAGACCAUUGGUGUGAGCGCGGCCGCCCGCUUUAACCAGUGCAACACGACACGUGGCAAUGAGGUCAUCUCCGUGAUGAACCGGGCCAAGAAAGCAGGGAAGUCCGUGGGUGUGGUGACCACCACGAGAGUGCAGCAUGCCUCGCCAGCCGGCACCUACGCACACGUAGUAAACCGCAACUGGUACUCAGAUGCCAACAUGCCUGCCAAGGCGCUGGAGGACGGAUGCCAGGACAUCGCCCAGCAGCUCAUCUCCAACAUGGAAAUUGAUGUGAUCCUGGGCGGAGGCCGAAAGUACAUGUUCCCCAAGGGGACUCCGGAUCCUGAGUAUCCAACUGAUGCCAAACAGAACGGAAUCCGGCUGGACAGACGGAACCUGGUGCAGGAAUGGCAGGCCAAGUACCAGGGUGCCCAGUAUGUGUGGAAUCGCACAGCGCUCAUUCAGGCAUCCCAGGACGCCUCUGUGACACACCUCAUGGGCCUCUUUGAGCCAGGAGACACCAAAUAUGAGGUCCACCGAAACAGAACCCAGGACCCAUCCCUGAUGGAGAUGACAGAGGCGGCCCUGAGGCUGCUGAGCAGGAACCCCAAGGGCUUCUACCUCUUUGUGGAAGGAGGCCGCAUCGACCACGGUCAUCACGACGGCACAGCUUACCUGGCCCUGACGGAGGCCGUCAUGUUCGAUUCCGCCAUUGACAAGGCGGGCCAGCUCACAAGUGAGAGGGACACCCUGACCCUGGUCACCGCCGACCACUCUCACGUGUUCUCCUUCGGGGGCUACACCCUGCGAGGGAGCUCCAUUUUCGGGCUGGCCCCCAGCAUGGCCAAAGACAACAAGACCUACACCUCCAUCCUUUAUGGCAACGGCCCCGGCUUCGCACUCAGCGGGGUCCCCCGGCCCAACGUCUCCGACAGCGAGAGCAGGGACCCCGCAUACAAGCCGCAGGCCGCGGUGCCCCUGGACUCCGAGACCCACGGCGGCGAGGACGUGGCGGUGUUCGCGCGCGGCCCGCAGGCGCACCUGGUGCACGGCGUGCAGGAGCAGAGCUUCGUGGCGCACGUCAUGGCCUUCGCCGCCUGCCUCGAGCCCUACGCCGACUGCAACCUGCAGCCCUCGGCCGCGCCCACCCCCACCCCCACCCCCACCCCCACCCCCACCGAUGCCGCGCUCCCCCGCCCGGCCGCGCCGCUGUCGCUGCAGCUGCUGACCGGGGCGCUGCUGCUCGCGCUGCUGGCGGGGGCCGUGCCCUGA